AACAACUCAGAAACCCUCUUAUAAUUGCUCUUUACUCUUUCUCUCUCUCUCUGUGAUUUCUAUUUGCUUCUGCUUGAAAUUAACCUCCGAAUUUCAUGUAAAAAUUGCUUGAACAUCUAAAUUUCCUUUUUGUGGAGUUGAGCAUUUUUUUGUUGAUAUUCACUGCCAUUUUGGUAUGAAUAGUUAGUGUAAACGUGCUCUCCCUGAAUCUUCCCCCCUAUCUGAUUUGAUCUCGAUUUGUUUGACGUAUAUUCACUCUCGAUUUUGAGAUUUUCUGGAUCAAGGGCUGUCAGAAAUCAGAAUUGAAGAUUAGUUGAAAUCUUGAGCACAACAAACUUCAUCUGAUUAAGAGGCCUUAGGCUGUGCUUCGGCUGGUGUUCCAUCACAGUAGCCUCAACUUUUAUUUGAACAAGAUGACGGUUAGAACGCCGAGCACGCCAGCCUCGAAAAUGGACAGGACACCAGUAGCCACUCCAGGUGGGCACAGAGCAAAGGAGGAGAAAAUUGUUGUAACAGUACGGUUAAGGCCUCUGAACAAGAGAGAGCACUUAUCUAAAGAUCAGAUAGCCUGGGAAUGCACCGAUGAUAAUACCAUCGUGUACAAGCCUAAUCCCCAAGAACGUGCAGCUCUACCAGCAUCAUUCACCUUUGAUAAAGUAUUUGGCCCUGAUUGUUCAACUGAAAUUGUAUAUGAGGACGGAGUAAAGACUGUGGCGUUAUCUGCUCUGAUGGGAAUCAAUGCAACCAUAUUUGCCUAUGGACAAACUAGCAGUGGGAAGACUUACACAAUGAGGGGAAUUACUGAGAAAGCCGUUAAUGAUAUAUACAUGCAUAUAAUGAAUACUCCGGAACGAGACUUCAAAAUAAAGAUAUCUGGCCUAGAAAUAUAUAAUGAGAAUGUCCGAGAUCUACUGAAUUCAGAAUCCGGACGCAAUCUUAAACUUCUCGAUGAUCCAGAGAAAGGCACUGUGGUUGAGAAACUGGUGGAAGAGACAGCAAAUGAUGACCAACACUUGAGACAUUUAAUCCAGAUAUGUGAUGCUCAAAGACAAGUAGGUGAAACUGCACUUAAUGAUACUAGCUCCAGAUCGCAUCAAAUAAUAAGGCUGACAAUCGAAAGUACUCUCCGUGAAAACUCGGAUUGUGUGAGAUCAUAUGUUGCCAGCUUGAACUUCGUAGAUUUAGCUGGAAGUGAAAGAGCCUCACAGACAAAUGCAGAAGGUGCUAGGCUUCGAGAAGGAUGUCAUAUUAACCUAAGCUUGAUGACUCUUACAACAGUAAUUAGAAAGCUGAGUGUUGGAAAAAGAAGUGGUCACGUACCCUAUCGAGAUUCAAAGCUCACACGCAUACUGCAGCAUUCACUGGGAGGAAAUGCGCGUACUGCCAUCAUAUGUACAUUGAGUCCGGCAUCAAGCCAUGUUGAGCAAUCUCGUAACACUCUUUUCUUUGCUACCAGAGCAAAGGAAGUGACAAAUACCGCUCGAGUUAACAUGGUAGUUUCAGAUAAACAGCUUGUGAAGCAUUUGCAAAAGGAAGUAGCACGACUUGAAGCAGAACUACGCACACCAGACCCCUCCAAUGAGAAAGACAUCAAAAUCCUGCAGAUGGAAAGGGAAAUGGAAGAAUUGAGGCGUCAAAGAGAUCUAGCACAGUCUCAGGUGGAUGAGUUGCGUAGAAAACUUGAAGAGGGACAGGGAUUAAAACCAUGUGAUUCACCCAGUCCUCUUGUCAAGAAGUGUCUCUCCUUUUCUGGAACUUUAUUACCAAAAUUAGAUGGAAGGGAGCUAGGUCGUUGCGACAGAACAAGAAAUACUCUGGGAAGGCAGACAAUGAGGCAAUCAUCAACUGCUCCUUUUACAUUGAUGCAUGAAAUUCGGAAACUUGAACAUCUUCAGGAGCAGUUAGGUGAAGAGGCCAGCCGAGCCCUUGAUGUAUUACAGAAGGAGGUUGCUUGUCAUAAACAAGGAAAUCAAGAUGCAGCCGAGACUGUAGCUAAGCUUCAAGCUGAGAUAAGGGAAAUGCGUACAAUGCAGCCUGCUCCUAAAGUAGUUGAAGUUGGAAGUGUAGUCUCAGUCAACAAGAGUGUUAGUGCAAACUUGAAAGACGAGAUAACCAGACUUCAUUCGCAAGGAAGCACCAUUGCUGAUCUUGAAGAGAAACUAGAAAAUGUUCAGAAGUCAAUAGACAAGUUAGUGAUGUCUCUACCAACUAACAGAGAUCAACCAUCUUGUGAUACAACUCCAAAGACCAAGAAUCCAGAAAAGAAGAAGAAAUUGCUUCCAUUAGCUUCAAAUAAUACUCUCAAUAUGCCAAACUUUAUAAAGUCUCCGUGUUCGCCUAUAUCUGCUUCUCGGCAAGUAUUAAACUCUGAGAUCGAAAAUAGAGCUCCAGUUUUUGAUGAUGCUGUGUUCAGUGAAACUCAGUCAGUUUCUGAAAAGGAUACUCCCACAAAGAGUGAAGGUGGAGAUGUUUCAUCAAAAGAAAAUACUCCUUAUCGACGUUCAAGUUCUGUCAAUAUGAGGAAGAUGCAGAGAAUGUUCCAAAACGCAGCAGAAGAGAAUGUCAGAAGCAUAAAAGCAUAUGUCACCGAACUUAAAGAACGUGUUGCCAAGCUGCAGUACCAGAAACAGCUUCUAGUCUGCCAGGUGCUUGAACUUGAAGCAAAUGAAGAAGCUGGAUAUGAUUUGGAGGACGCUGAGAAUGCUGCUGGAGCACAAGAGGAGUCACCAGCUUCAUGGCAUGUGACUUUUAGGGACCAAAGACAACAACUCAUCGAGUUAUGGGAUAUUUGCCAUGUUUCCAUCAUUCACAGGACACAAUUCUAUCUGCUAUUCAAGGGGGACCCUGCUGAUCAGAUAUAUGUCGAAGUUGAGCUCAGACGCUUGACAUGGCUGCAGCAGCACCUAACGGAGAUGGGAAACGCAAGCCCAGCUCCCGGGGGAAAUGAGCCGGCAAUCUCUUUAUCGUCAAGUGUCAGAGCAUUGAAGCGGGAACGAGAGUUUCUUGCAAAACGACUGUCCUCACGUCUGACACCAGAGGAAAGAGAUGCAUUGUACAUAAAAUGGGAAGUACCGUUGGAUGGAAAACAAAGGAGGAUCCAGUUUGUGAACAAGCUCUGGACCAAUCCCCAUGAUGAGAAGCAUAUACAAGAGAGCGCUGAGAUAGUGGCGAAGCUUGUAGGUUUCUGUGAAGGAGGAAAUAUGUCAAAAGAGAUGUUUGAGCUUAAUUUUGUACUUCCAUCUGAUAGAAGGCACUGGUUUGUGGGCUGGAACCAGAUAUCAGACCUUCUUCAUUUGUGAGAAUUCAUAUUCUUUAUGUAAGUACUAUCUAAUUAUGAUUCCUUUG